AUGGAGUGGGGCGACCCCUUGGAGGCGCCGCCCCCCGCUCGCGGGCAGUCCGACGUGGCGGUCGUUCUGUAUUCUUCGGGUACGACGGGAGCGCCCAAGGGGGUGAUGUUGACCCACGGGAACCUUAUCGCGAUAGUGUCGCUGCUGCGGUGGUCGGCGGAGGUGAGCGGGUCGGAGGGUGACGUCUACCUGGCUUUCGUUCCGAUGUCCCACGUGUACGGCAUGGCGUUCUUCGCUCUGGGGCUGCCUGCGGCGGGGGCCACCACGGUGGUAAUGCGGCGCUUCGAGAUGGGGGCGGCGAUGCAGGCGGUGGCGCGGCACGGGGUGACGAACAUCCCGGCUGUGCCACCGGUGGUGGCGGCCUUGGCGAAGUUCUCCGGCGGGUGGGACCUGUCGGGUCUGCGGAGGGUGGCGACGGGCGCGGCUGCGGUAGGGGCGGAGGCGGCGAGCGGGUUCCGGCGGCGGUACCCGUGGGUGGAGCUAAGGGAGGGGUACGGGCUGACAGAGAGCGGCGGGGCGGCGACGUUCUCGGUGGCGGCGUCGAGGCGGCCGGAGGGGAGGGGAGUGGGACAGCUGCUGCCGGGCUUCGAGGCGCGGGUGGUGGCGGCGGAGGCGGGGGAGAGGGCGGUGGGGCCCGGUGGGGUCGGGGAGCUUUGGCUGAGGGGGCCCACGGUAAUGAAGGGCUACCUGGGGGACGAGGCUGCCACGGCGGAGGCGUUGCCUGGCGGUGGGUGGCUGCGCACGGGUGACUUGGUGCGCUUCGAUGAGGAUGGCUUCUUGUUCGUGGUGGACCGCAUCAAAGAGCUCAUCAAGCACAAAGGGUACCAGGUGACUCCAUCAGAGCUGGAAGCCGUGCUUCUCGCCCAUCCUCACAUACUUGACGCUGCAGUAGUGCCGCUGGAGGAUGAAGAGGCAGGUGAAGUGCCCAUGGCUUAUGUGGUGAGAUCACCUGAGAGCCAAUUGACAAGUGAGGAGAUCAUCCAGUUUGUUGCAGCUCAGGUGGCACCCUACAAAAAGAUCAGAAGAGUUGCUUUCAUAAGCACCAUUCCAAGAUCACCUGCAGGCAAGAUCUUAAGAAAACAGUUGAUGGAUAAAACCCACCCUGCCAUCUUGCCAAAACUGUAGCAGCUUUCUUCUUUCAGGUACAACUUCUAUCUACUGCAAGCUCAGUUGAAACAAUUCAGAUUGGUGAUGAAUACAAGUCUCCA